UGGAUUUCAGGUGGCCCCUGAGACAAAAGCAGUCAUGAAGUGGUUGAGGUCUAUCCCAUUUGUGCUCUCUGCCAGCCUCCAUGGGGGUGAGCUGGUUGUGACCUAUCCUUAUGACUAUUCAAGGCAUCCUAUGGAAGAAAAAAUGUUCUCCCCUACACCUGAUGAGAAGAUGUUUAAGCUGCUGGCUAAAGCCUAUGCAGAUGCACAUCCAGUCAUCUCGGACCGAUCCGAACAUCGUUGCGGUGGAAAUUUUGUAAAGCGCGGAGGUAUUAUAAAUGGUGCUGAGUGGUACAGCUUCACUGGAGGUAUGGCAGACUUUAAUUACCUUCACACAAAUUGCUUUGAAGUUACUGUGGAGGUAGGAUGCGAAAAGUUUCCUUUGGAGGAAGAACUGUUUACGAUCUGGCAUGAAAACAGAGAUGCCCUUCUGAAUUACAUGGAAAUGGUUCAUCGGGGGAUAAAAGGAAUUGUGUCUGAUAAGUUCGGCAACCCAAUAAAAAAUGCUCGUAUUUCAGUCAGGGGCAUCCAGCAUGAUGUCACUACAGCUGCUGAUGGAGACUACUGGCGGCUCCUGCCCCCGGGGACGUACAUAAUCAGCGCCCAAGCGGCGGGGUACAGCCGGGUGAUGAAGAGGGUCACCCUUCCCACCAAGAUGAAACGGGCUGGGCGAGUCGACUUUGUAUUGCGACCCGUUGAGGCUUGGCCCAACAAGCUCCUCCGCCGGUCGAUGGAAGACAUGUAUGACCCAUAUGACCCGCUGGAACUUUUUGACCCCCAGGCCCAACACGGGCAGCCCGAGGCUCGAGGGGGGUCACCGCCGGGCAGAGAGAAGCCCUGGUGGUGGUCUUACUUCAGCUCUCUAGACCUGCACAAGCCUCUGUGGCUGCUCAAGCAGCACUGA